AUGCGUUUCCUUCAAAGUUUUUUGGCCAUUGUGCCAUUGGCGUUGUCCUCCUUGAAACCCGUUUACGCAGCUCCACAAGCGAGCUCUGGCAGCAGCGCUUCUGCUGUCAACACCACAACCUGCAACGGCAAAACCUAUGUUUAUGAAGAGCUUGCAGGAUAUGGCUUUAUCGAAGACAAUGCCGUAGACAAGCUCAAUGACACGGUCGGUGGCAUUGGAUCUUCUAUUGCCAUCGAUCGGCUGUCAUGGAUCCGGGUCGGCAAUUCAUACCAAGGCAUUCUAUAUGCCAUACCGGACCGGGGCUGGAACACGGAGGGUACAUUGAACUACCAGAGCCGCAUCCAGAAGUAUGCCAUCUCAUUCAAGCCCAACCCGGUCGCAACUGUAGAGAAUCCCAGUGACCCAAAUCUCAAGUUCACAUACCUUGAUACAAUUCUACUGACCGACCCAGCUGGUCAGCCGGCCGUUGGACUCGACGGUGGACUUACUGGACCAUACAUCACAUACCCUGGCUACUCAUUUGAAUUCCCUUCAGCAAAUUACACCGGAGAUGGAUUUGGCGGUGAGGGUCCUGGUGGCUUCCGUCUCGUUAUCGACGCCGAGGGACUGGUGUUGGGCGCCGGUGGCACGUUCUGGGUCUCCGACGAGUACGGCGAUUACAUAUAUCAAUUCUCUCACUCUGGUAAAAUGAUCGGAGCCAUUCGCCCACCGGAUGCGUUCAUCCCUCUUCGCAAUAACACCGUGUCAUUCAGCUCGGACAAUCCUCCACGAUACAAUCCAGCUCUCGUUCCCACUCCAGUCGACCCGUCGACCGGUCGUGCCAACAACCAAGGUCUUGAAGGCCUGACAACCAACCCAUUGCGCACCAAGCUCUACGCAUUGACCCAGUCUGCUCUCAUCCAAGAUGGAGGCUCACGAAACCGAAACAGCCGCAACGCCAGACUUCUUGUCUACGACAUCCUGAGCCGGCCUGCAAAGCUCGAGGCAGAGUACGUGGUACAACUCAACCGUAUCAACCCCGCUGUCGCCACAAGCAACGUCGCACGUCAGAGUGAGCUUCACUACAUCUCCGAGACCCAAUUCUUGAUACUUGCUCGUGAUUCGGGAGCUGGAAGAGGCCAAGGCGUAAGCACUACCUCAAUCUACAGACACAUCGACGUCUUCRACAUCAGCAAAGCCACAAACGUUGCGGGAAUUAGUGACUGCACGGGAUGCCAGAUCGCUUCGACCACCGGCGUCCUCAAUAGCAACACCACCGCUGCACAGUACUGCCCAUGGCUCGACUUCAACGUCAACAGCCAGCUGAACCGCUUCGGAGUCCGAAAUGGCGGUGCGCAGUCCGAUGGAUUGUUGAAUGAGAAGUGGGAGUCCAUGGCUCUGCUCCCUGUGAACCCACUGCUUCUCUUUAGCAAUGACUACUACUUGCUUUCGUUCUCUGACAACGAUUUCAUCACACAAGACGGGCAAUUUCAGGGCGGUGAUUUCAAGUACUCGGAUGCGUCGGGCUAUAGCUUAAGCAACCAGGCUUUGCUCUUCAAGGUAAAGUUGCCCAGUGGCUCCUUCCCUCUCGAGGGCUAG